AUGCUCUGGCAUUUGCGUGCCGGACUCGACUUCGACGACCCCCAGCAGCGCUCACUCUGGGGGGCUACGCUCCUGGGCUUCUUCUUUCUCUGGCGGAAGUCCGAGUACCUCCACGAAGGAUCCAAGCCCGCGAAGCACGGUCUCUGCGUGAGAGACAUCCGCUUCACGACGGCAUGGGAAGAGGUAGCGACGUCCGAAGAUCAAGUGCACGAGGUCCACAUCAAGCUGACGAGCUCGAAGACGGACCAGCGGCGCGGCGGUGUGACCUUGCGGUUGUCCCGGUCCGGUAGCUUUUGGCUCUGCCCCAUCCCAGCGAUUUGGGAGCUGCGGCGCAUUGCGAUCGCCGCUGGGGCCAAGGCCGACGAAUCGCUCUGCACCACGCUCGCGCCGGACGGAACACGAGUCGCGAUCAACGAGAGCCAAGUCAAGGCACUCUUACGCGACACGGCGAGAAGGAUGGACAAGGACCCGUCAGCUUACUCCACCCACUCAUUGCGAAGUGGUGGAGCGACCGCACUCUUCAAGGGCGGCGCGACGGAUCUGGCCAUCCAGAAGUUUGGCCGAUGGCGCAGCGACGCGUUCAAGUCGUACGCACACAUCGACGACGUCGAAAUCGCUCAGCUGGCCGGCCGCAUUGCCUUUGGGGGAACCGCCUCACCUCACCCGAGCCCCAAGUCCAGCCUUGCAGCCUUUCGUCUCUCGAAGGUGCCGACGUUCGUCCACAAUGAAGACGACAAACUCGCCCCUGCCGUUCACGUCCGGAACGUCGAAGGCAAGGCUCUCCACGGUGACGGCUCAGUUUCCAUGCGCGUGGCGAUGUUUACCGACGCACUCGGCUCGAAAGAAAGUGCGUGGGUGUACCACCUCAUGAGCACGAAGAAGUUCGUCCCAGCGACGAUGACUGAGAAGGACUGGGACACGCUCGUCGACGAGUUCUACACGGAGUACAUCGGUGACAAGACGUACCGCGAGUCCAUGUACGAGAAGGUCACGCAGAAGGACGGCGAGCGCUUCACCGAGUACGUCAUGCGGGUGGCGCUAUGGGCCGCCGUGGCUGGCCAACAACUGGACGAAGAGCGCAAGAUCCGGAUCGUGGUACAAGGCGUUGUCGACCGACAGCUCCACGCCGCUCUGUGGCAGAUCAGCGAAGACUCGUUGUCGUGGGACGAGUUCGAGCCCAAGGCCAAGCGGCUCAUGGCGUCGGCCGACGCGCACGCACGGAAGACCAAGACUAAGCGGGCCAAGGCGUACCGCGUCGCCCAGGCGACAGCACCGAUGGACGUGAGCCUCCAAGUCAACGCCGCGCGGACUGGUGGACCGCCGUCGCACGGGAACGUGAUGCCGGCAGCAGCUCCCACGCCAUUCCCCGCGUCCGCGACGCCCGCGCCGUCCGCUCCCGGUCGCACGGUGCAAGGCUGUCACGUGUACGGCGAACCCGGACACUACCGCAGCAACUGCCCACAAGCCCAGCACCUCGCGUCGUGUGAUUUUCACGGUGCGCACAUUGGGCACACGUCGGAUGAUUGCAACGUCCUCAAGAACGCGCGCCGAUAUGCCGAGGCCAUGAUGCGGGCCCAGGCGGCGCAGCCCGCGGACAACACGGCUGGCACGUCACCUCUCGGAAGCCACUACCCCGUCGCCGGCGCCGCCACUGCGCGCACCGGGCACAACGAAGGAAGAAACCCGUCCACGGAUGCGGCGCUUGCUACAGCGCGUGACGAGGACGACGAAGGGCGCACACCACUCUCGGAAACACGGUCCGAGGAGUGCAGCAAAGAGGAGCCAACCCCGGUCGCGGUGCCGGCCGCGGCGAGCCGGGAGGACGAUGCCGUCUCGCCGUCGAAGGAUCCGGAAGGGGUUCCAUCACAGUGGGCCGGAGAUGACAUCCUCCAGACGCUCGUCACCGCACUCACACCGGAAGAGAUCGACAACGUGGGCAACGUCCAAGAGGUCGACGACAUGAGUACUGCGGACACGAUGGCAGAUGUCGAGUCCGGUGCGCCGACGGUCCACACGAUUGCGCCUGGUGAUCUCGAAGUCCAUCGCGUGCACUUUGAGCGGUGCGAACUCGUCGAGUCCGGAUACCCACAACUGCUCGUACCGGCGGUGUGCGAUGGCGAGCCGUCCAAGCUGCUCUUCGACACCGGCGCGAUGACCGUCAAGGGCGUUGGCGGUGGCCAUCUCGCCGUGCUCGGCCAAUGCCUCGUCACGAUCCAACUCGGCCAGUCGACGUUCGUGCAGCCGUUCGUGGUUUGUCCAGGACUCACCCACGAUGGCAUCCUGGGCAUGGAUUUCGUGCUGACGCACGGCGUGUCCAUGAUCUCACUGCGCGACGAGAUCACCCUCCAGCUCGCUCCGUCGGGAGCCGGGCAGGACCCAAGCCCGACCGAAAUUGAGGAGGCGGACGCGGGGAUGGUCGUCGUCGCAGCAAGCAACGUCGAAGUCCUCCAACACCAUCCACGCAGCACCCGCGAGCAAAGAUGGCGUGUCCGAUGCGAUGACGGCGUCCAACGUCGCGUGAGCGAGCAAGAAGUGCCCGAAGACAUGAUUACACGGUUCGUCAGCAAGGUAAACCAUGUUGACGAAGUCACGCAAGUCUAUCUCGACGACUUGCGUGACGGCCUAGCCGCUUCGGCGGAGUAG